AUGUUGGCUUCACGACAGCUCCUGGGCUCUGUUGCCCGGAGCCGCACUGCCGCCAGUGCCCGUCUGGGACUGCGUGGCAUGGCUACUGUCUCCGACUCUCCUCUUGACCGCAAGGUCAAGCAGAACAUCCACGAGGAGGGCAACUUCAUCAAUUACAAGAAGAUGUCCGAGAACCUGUCCAUCGUUCGCCAGCGUCUCAACCGCCCCCUGGCUUACGCUGAGAAGAUUCUCUACUCCCACUUGGACGACCCUCACGGACAAGAGAUCGAGCGUGGUGUCUCAUACUUGAAGCUCCGCCCCGAUCGCGUUGCUUGCCAGGAUGCCACCGCCCAGAUGGCUAUUCUGCAGUUCAUGUCUGCUGGCAUGCCUUCCGUUGCCAACCCCACCACUGUCCACUGCGAUCACUUGAUCGAGGCUCAGAUUGGUGGCUCUAAGGAUCUUGCCCGUGCCGUUGGCAUCAACAAGGAGGUCUACGACUUCCUUGCCUCCGCUUGCGCCAAAUACAACAUCGGUUUCUGGAAGCCCGGCUCUGGCAUUAUCCACCAGAUUGUCCUCGAGAACUACGCUUUCCCCGGUGGUCUUCUUAUCGGAACUGACUCUCACACUCCCAACGCUGGUGGUCUUGGUAUGUGCGCUAUCGGUGUCGGUGGUGCUGACGCCGUCGAUGUCAUGGCCAACCUCCCCUGGGAGCUGAAGGCCCCCAAAGUCAUUGGUGUCAAGCUCACUGGUGCCCUGAACCCCUGGGUCACUCCCAAGGAUAUCAUUCUCAAGGUUGCCGGUAUCUUGACUGUCAAGGGUGGUACUGGUGCCAUUGUUGAGUACCACGGCCCUGGUGUCGACACCCUCUCUGCCACCGGUAUGGGAACCAUCUGCAACAUGGGUGCUGAGAUUGGUGCCACCACCUCCCUCUUCCCCUUCAACGAGUCCAUGCACAAGUACCUCACCGCCACCAAGCGUAAGGACAUCGGUGACUUCGCGCACACCUACGCCAAGGAGCUUCGCGAGGAUGAGGGUGCAGAGUACGACCAGCUCAUCGAGAUCAACCUUUCCGAGCUCGAGCCCCACAUCAACGGUCCCUUCACCCCCGAUCUGGCCACCCCCAUCUCUAAGUUCAGCGAGGCUGUCAAGGCCAACAACUGGCCCGAGGAGCUCAAGGUCGGUCUCAUCGGAUCCUGCACCAACUCCUCCUACGAGGACAUGACCCGCGGUGCUGCCAUUGCUCGCGACGCUCUCGAGCACGGCAUCAAGUCCAAGGCUAUCUUCACCAUCACCCCCGGUUCCGAGCAGAUUCGCGCCACCAUUGAGCGCGACGGUCAGCUUCAGACCUUCGAGGAGUACGGCGGUAUCGUCCUUGCCAACGCCUGUGGUCCCUGCAUUGGUCAGUGGGAUCGUCAGGAUGUCAAGAAGGGCACCCCCAACUCCAUCAUCUCUUCCUACAACCGUAACUUCACCGGACGUAACGACGGUAACCCCGCCACCCACUCCUUCGUCGCCUCUCCCGACAUGGUCGUUGCCAUGACCGUUGCCGGCAGCCUGCACUUCAACCCCCUCACCGAUAAGCUCAAGGACAAGGACGGCAACGAGUUCAUGCUCAAGCCUCCCUCCGGAGACUCCCUCCCCAGCCGCGGAUACGACCCCGGCCAGAACACCUACCAGGCCCCUCCCGCCGACCGCAGCACCGUCAAUGUCCAGGUCUCUCCUUCCUCCGACCGUCUUCAGAUUCUGUCCUCCUUCAACGCUUGGGAUGGCAAGGACGUCAACGACAUCCCCAUUCUGAUCAAGUGCAAGGGCAAGACUACCACUGACCACAUCUCUAUGGCCGGUCCCUGGCUGAAGUACCGUGGCCACUUGGACAACAUCUCCAACAACAUGUUGAUUGGUGCCAUCAACGAGGCCAACGGCGAGGCCAACAAGAUCCAAAACUUCACCACCGGCGAGUGGGACGCCGUCCCCGCCGUUGCCCGCGACUACAAGGCCAAGGGUAUCAAGUGGGUUGUCAUUGGUGACUGGAACUACGGCGAGGGUUCUUCCCGUGAGCACGCUGCUCUCGAGCCCCGUCACCUUGGUGGUCUUGCCAUCAUCACCCGCUCUUUCGCUCGUAUCCACGAGACCAACCUGAAGAAGCAGGGUAUGCUUCCCCUCACUUUCUCCGACCCCGCCGACUACGACAAGAUCAGACCCGAGGACAAGGUCGACAUCCUCGCUACCGAGCUCGAGGUUGGCAAGCCCCUGACCAUGGUCGUCCACCCCAAGGAUGGCAAGGCCUUCGAGGUCAAGCUGUCCCACACCUUCAACGCCCCCCAGAUUGAGUGGUUCAAGAACGGUUCCGCUCUUAACACCAUGGCCAAGUCCGCUGGCAAGUCAUAA